CUCCCCACCUCGGUCUGCGCAUGCGCGGCACGCCAGGCAGCCCUCUAUUAUUAUUGUAAGAAUAAUUGCAAAUGGCGGCGAAUCAGGGAGCUGUGGGACCUGCUGUGGCUCUCCAGAGCCAGCAUUAUCCCAACGUCGCGCACUGGAACCCGGGCGUGAUGCAACAGCAGCAGCACCCGCUACACACCGCGCGCAGUCUGGAACGCGCGCUGGAAGACGCCGUCUGCUCCGGGAUGCUCAACAUCAGCGGGAGAAAACUGCGCGACUACCCGGGGCUCAACUACGACCUGACCGAUACUACACAAGCAGACUUGUCGAAAAACCGUUUUUGUGAAAUCCCUCCUGAGGUUUGUAUGUUUGCACCGCUGGAGUUAUUAAACCUCUACCACAACUGCAUAAAGGUGGUUCCAGAGGCCAUUAUCAACCUACAGAUGCUCACCUACCUGAACAUCAGUCGAAAUCAGCUGUCCGUUCUCCCCAAGUUUCUCUUCAGCCUUCCUCUGAAAGUACUGGUGGUCAGCAACAAUAAACUCCUGUCUAUUCCUGAAGAGAUCGGAAAGGCCAAAGACCUCAUGGAAUUGGACAUCAGCUGUAAUGAGAUCCAGGUGCUUCCUGCUCAAAUGGGGAAACUCCUCACGUUACGAGAACUUAACAUACGAAGAAACUGUCUACAAGUGUUACCAGAUGAGUUGUCCGAUCUGCCGUUGAUCAGGUUGGAUUUCUCCUGUAAUAAAAUCACUGAGAUUCCCAUAUCUUACCGCAAACUUAAGCAGUUACAGUACAUAAUUCUUGACAACAACCCCAUGCAGUCUCCUCCUGCCCAGAUCUGCCUGAAGGGAAAGUUCCACAUCUUUAAGUAUUUAAACCUGCAGGCAUGUCAACUGGAUAAAAAACCAGACACACUUGACCUGCCUUCUCUGGGUAAACGCUGCUUGCCUCAGCAGCUGACAGACAGUAUGGAAGAUUUCUAUCCGAGUAAAAACCAUGGCCCUGACUCGGGUAUUGGCAGUGAUAAUGGUGACAAAAGACUGUCGGCUACAGAGCCAUCUGAUGAUGACACCAUGAGUCUCCAUUCUCAAGUGUCUGAGACGGCGCGGGCUGAUGCACACAUACUUCUCACAAAGCUGGACUCAAACAAAGAUCAGGACCCAUAUGACUUUAUUGACCCAAACCCAGAUGAAGAGGCCACUCUGUCUGAGGGAGAUCUGCGGCACAAUGCACCCUAUGUGUCAUGUAUAAAGGAGCUGGAGCGUGUUUUGAAAACACACCAAAGCAAAGACAAAGAGAACUGGAAAGAAGAGUCUGGCUCCGAGAAAGAGCAGUUAACUGAAGAAGAUGAGGAUGACUUAAAGGAAGUGUUGGAUCUGAGGAAGAUUGCAGUACAGCUGCUACAACAAGAACAACAGAACAGGAGGCGAUCCCUAAUUUGUAGGGCAGAGAGUCUAAUACAACGUAGAAGAGCCCCAGGGAGAGCUCACAGGUUUCUCAGCCACUCAGGGAGUAGCACCAAACAAAGAACCCCAUCUCAGACUGUUAGAAGUGCAUCACUAGAUGAAGGAAGCAGCUCAGCCUCCGCCUUGAGUGGACAGGAGACUGAUCUCACUGAUGAAGAUGCAGCUUUCUCUGAGCCUUCUUCCUCUUGUUCGUUUGAUGGAAGUUUGAAAUCGGAGAGCAGUGACUCAGAGCCAAGAUGGCCAGAGGUUCCUCCUGUGCUCAACCAGAAUGAGGAUCGGAGGAGAAACAAGUACCUGAGAAAAGACUACCUGAAGUAUAAGUGCCAAAGUGCUCGAAGAAACUCCAGUGGCAACGACAAUGAUUGUGAGGAGGGAAUGCGAUCUAAUGAGUUCACCACAACUCUGACUGUUUUUGGCCUGAAACCCAGAUCAGCCUUCUCCCGUGGAAAUCGUCAAGACUCUAGCUCCACAGAACCAAGCUUCACCAUGAGGAGAAAAAUGGAGCACCUCAGAGAGGAGAUGGAGCAGAUCCGACUCUUGCAGCAGAACCUCGAGUCUAGGCUGAAGGUUUUGCUGCCAGAUGAUGUGGGUGCUGCUUUGAUGGAUGGUGUUGUUUUGUGCCAUCUGGCUAAUCACAUUCGUCCUCGUUCCGUAGCUAGCAUUCAUGUACCUUCCCCUGCUGUGCCAAAACUGAGUAUGGCCAAGUGUCGGCGGAAUGUUGAGAAUUUCUUGGAUGCAUGUAAAAAGCUUGGAGUGCCACAGGACAAGUUGUGUUUGCCGCAUCACAUCCUGGAGGAGCGAGGUCUGGUAAAGGUUGGUGUCACUGUACAGGCACUGCUGGAUCUUCCAUCCUCAAAACCCAACCAACUUUCUACCAUGUAGCAUCGCUGGAUCAUGGGACGUCCACCAUCCCUUUAUCCUGCCUUACCACCUCAUCCUCACUCUCAGUGCUGAUCUUUGACUUUAGUCAUGACCCUUCACAACUGUGGGGAACAGGCCAGCUUCCGCCUACCUCUUAUAGGCCUCUAUGAAGGGGUCUAGACAUUUUAAAGCUCCAGUAUUGUGCCCUAUAUGAGGGAAAAUGUACACAUUUCAUUCGGAGGGGAAAUACCUGUUUCUAUUCCACAGCUGGCAAUGCCGUCUGUCCCCUCUUAAUGCUGGACACCUCUGUCUCCUUUCUUUUGUAUCUUCUUCUCAUGUCUCAUGUUCACUCUUCUCUUGGACGGUGAACCCCCAAUGGGUGAGGAAAGGAGAAAAGCUAUCUGACUGAUUCUGGACCAGAGGGAAGAUGAUAUUUCAAUGUCACUCCACCCCUCUCCUGUAUGAAGUCUCUAAGAGCUGUCCGACAUACAUUCUGACUGUUGUUUCCUGUCUGUUUGGAGAAAUAAGUGGGGCAGAGACAUGUAUUGAUGUGCGUGUAAUAACCAGAUCUGCACCGAGGACAUCUGGAAAGGACAGACAAAGACAUUGCCAUAAAAUUUGUCUUUGCUGUCACAGCAGUCAGGUGAGUCACUGGCAGUGCAUUAAAGAGAAUUUCUUUCUUUCGGCAUGCCUGGAAGGUUUUAACACUGAAGACACUGCUCACGUGCCUGCACAAGACAAAGGCUUUUUUUGUGUUCUUUUACGUACGUGCCAGUGUUUGCCAAAUGUUUGUUUUUCCAUGACUGUUUUUCUCACAGGUUUUAUUAAGUGCUUUACGUGUCCCAGGAAUUCACCACAUGAUAAUGUUUCGCAAGUACCAGUGUAAUUGCAUUGUGCUACAUUUUAGACUGUUGUGCAGGUUUGGGCACGUAUGUAAAGUUUUUGCACUAAAAAUAGGCCAAUUAAAAACAUUUGCAAAACCUACAUUAACAAAACCUAAUUAUAAUUGCAGAGUAAGAACAAUCCAUUAAUGAUAGAUGUGCAUUUUAUUAAAUGAUUAAAUUUGUUCACAUU